AUGUUGUUAGGAAUUAGGUGGAGUUGGCUGCUUGUGGUUCUAAUCUAUGGGUCAGGCUUUAGCAGUGCCUUGGUUAGACACAGGCGCCAGCCAGACACUCGGUGGAGGAAUUAUCAGCCUGGAUGGGGAUCUUCUAGAACUGUAUCUGCAGUAGGUUCUCCUAGGGGAAAUCCUCUGUCUCCAGUUUCUGGAAUUGGCUCUCUAAGUUCUGGUACUGUGUCUGGAUGGGGUCGCAUGUAUCCUGGAGUAGGCUUUCAGUCCAGACAGCUUACACAGCCCCCACCGAUUAUGAACCCCUCAUCCCCUGUCAGUGUGCAGUGUGCUGAGGACAGUAUGGUGGUGACUGUGCAGAGAGACUUCUAUGGUAAUGGUAGGCUGGUGAAUCCUUCAGACCUGGUCCUCGGGACCUGCACAGCUAGCUCUCAGGCUUCAGUUAAUACUGUAGUCUUUCAAAUUGCUCUUCAAGAAUGUGGAAGCAACCUAGAGAUGUUUUCAGAUAUACUUAUCUACAUGAUCAACUUGUCUUACACCCCCACCACCUCCCCCAAUGUGCCCAUCAUCCGGUCCAAUCCUGCAGUGGUUCCCAUCUGGUGUUACUACCCACGAUUUGACAAUGUAAGCAGCAAUGCCAUCAAGCCAACAUGGGCUCCCUACAGCACCACAGUGAGCUCAGAAGAAAGGUUGUCUUUCUCCUUGACUCUCAUGACUGAGGACUGGAGUGCUCCUCGUCCAUCACUGGUCUACCAGCUUGGUGAGAUCUUCUACAUGGAGGCCUUUGUGGACAUAGAGAACCACGUCCCGAUGAUGCUGUUUGUUGAUGGCUGUGUUGCCACUCUUACUCCAGAUGAGACGUCUAAUCCUCACUAUGAUAUCAUUUCUUAUAAUGGGUGCUUGAUCGAUGGAAUGCUAGGUGAUUCUUUUUCAGCCUUUGUUUCUCCAAGACCUGAAGCAAACAAGCUUCAAUUCACAGUUAAUGCCUUCAGGUUCAUUAACAGUGACCUUUCUAUGAUCUACAUAACCUGUCAACUAAGAGCUGCUGACAUCAACCAGACCCCUGAUCCAAUGAACAAGGCCUGCUCCUACAACAAGGCUACCAGCAGUUGGUCACCUGUGGAAGGCCCCAGUGCGAACUGCCAGUGCUGCAACACUAGGAACUGUGCUACAGUUGGCAGCCGGAGAACAGCAUGGGGCCCACAAUCUGCCAGGUCAAGAGGAGUUGGGAAGAGAGAUGUUGGUUCUCAUCUAGAGAAAUACACUCUGGCCAGACUGGGCCCUCUUCUAGUGACUGGAUCUAAGCCUAACCAGGUAUCCAAAGAUGGAAUUUCCCAAGCUUCCAGAAUGGGUGUAGAAGAACCUCUGCAGUUGUGGGUGCUGGUGGCCAUGGGCUCAGUCACUUCAGUAGUUGUUGCUGUGACUCUGGUUGUGGCUGCAAAAUGUCUUCUGAAAAAAAAAAAACCUCUCACAAAUAGUCCAGAAAUAAAAAAUGGGGUAAAAUGUUUACUUGUUCUUGGGUCUUUUUGCCUCAAUCGACGGUAUCAAUGGUUGUAUGGGACUGGUUUCAUGUGA